AUUUCACAAGGAGCAUCCCUAAACGAUUUACAGAAAAAGAAGAGGCGUGCCCCUCUUCCACCAACUGCAUCUGCUCCACCCACUCCGGCCAUGCCAAACAGGACAGAAGACAGGGAAGACAAGAGGAAGAGCACAAUGGGUGAUGGACGGCAGGUGCCACAAAAGCCUCCUAGAGGCUCCACUCGUGGUCCACCCCAGUUAGUGAUACCCCCGCCCCCACCUUACCCUCCUCCUGACAGAGACAUUGUGGAUCCAACAGUCUGUUACAGAGAAGCAGAUGUUACAGCACCAACAGAGCUGGUACCUAAACAGAGCCUGCGACCUGCACAUGAUAGUGUUUAUGUAGUGGAUGACACGGUUCUGGAGCUAUCAGAGGUGGAAGAAACAGCAUCAGAAAGCAGCUGUUUUGCAUCUGAGGGCACCACGGAAGACUCGGGUGUUGUGAGCUCCCCGUCUGACAUUGUAUCUUUGGAUUCGCAAAAUGACAGUAUGAAGUUGAGAGACAUCAAGCUGGUCAAUGGCUACAUGGACUCAGCUGAGGCAGAUGCAAUGUAUGGCACAGAGACAUGCCCUGUAAAGAACACCUACUGCGAUAUCGUGGGAUCUGACGGUGCUCCACAGAGGAGAGAUGAAGAAAUGCCUUCAGCUAGGCAUGAGAAUGAGGAUAUAUUCAUUGCUGCACAACUCCAGCAGACUUUGGCUGGCCUGGAUGAAGAUUUAGAAGCAGUGGAUGGUAUAAGUAACUCUGACUCUGAGUACACCAAUGAAGUGUUGAGCCCACAUUCAAAAAAUGUUGAGGCUGCCCAAGAUGUUACCAUUUCUGUUCCAGUAACAGUCAUAGAUGAUGCUCCAGAAGUUAGCACCUCUAACUCAGCUGGAAAUCAAGAGACAGAAACAAGGCUUUCACAAAAUAGCUCAGCUGACUCUGUUAAUACAGGAAACUUCACAAAUAAAAACAACAAUGCAGGAUCCUUUGAUAAGGGACACACAGAUGGUGGAGCUGUAUGCAUAUCCAAGGACCUAAUACAUCAGCAACCAUCUGAAAAUGAAUUCAGUCACUUGCCUGUGGAACAGAGGAGAGAUAUGUUUGAAUCUCUCACAUCCUCCUUCGAAAAAAGAAGUGAAAAGAACUCAAGAGUGGACCCCUCCCCAAGACAUGGUGUGAAGUCUGAGGAAUGUAAAUCUAAGCUGACUCCAUCUCACUCCAAGGCCACAGCUGAAAUCAGUACAGCAAAAGAGAAAAUAAAUCCAUUUAAUGAAUGUAGUAACAGGGAAAGAUCUCUGAAAAAAAGUAAAUCAGAAUUAGAAAUCAAAUGGCCACCAGCAAAAAAAAAUGAAGUAGAAGAAGUCCCAUCAACGCCCACAUGGUGUCAUCGUGCCCAGAAUUCAGGAACAAACUACGAACCUAAAAUGGGUUUGACAACCUUUAAAGUUGUCCCUCCCAAACCGGAAGUAAAACAUUUUGAUAGAGGAGCUUCACUCUCCACUGGUGCCAUUAAGAUAGAUGAACUGGGCAACAUCAUAGGCCCAAACACCAGUGUCAGUAAGUACAUACCAGGUACCUCUACUGAUGAAAGUGAGGAAAUUCAUCUUGGAAAAGUGAAGGCGUUCUGGAGGUCAAGUUCUAUGGAAAAGCAAAGUGAUGACUCUACUGAGCAUCUUCCUAAAAAGUCAGCAGUCACCACAAACUCUAAGCCCUUUACUAUAAAACAUGAACUCAAACCUGUCUGUCUUGCAGCUCCAAAACCUGUAGCACCACAAACUGUUGCUACUCAGCUAGCAGAAAGGCAGUCUGAGUGUGAAAGGACCAAACCACCUCUUCCAGUUACACAGUCUCAGGUAACACCAUUUGUCGCCCCGGCCAUUAAUAAGGACAAGCUGGAGCUUCCAUUUGUAAAGCCACAUAGGAGAACUUCAAGUCAGUAUGUUGCCUCUGCCAUUGCAAGACACAUCAACGUAACUACCUUUAAGUCAGACUCUAUGGAAUAUCAUGAGAAAGAUGAAAAUAAACAAGGGGCAGGAGAGGUUAAAACUGAAUCAGAAGUUUCACCAAAAAGAUGCAUUAUUGUGGCCAAAUAUAGCCCUGUGGAAACAGAAUCAGCAGAAGCAAGAGAAACACUUUCAAAUAUUUUUACUUGCAGUCAAAAAGCGUCGUACAGAUUUACACCUGGUGAUAAUUCUGGUGUGGAAAACAAAGUAGUCAACAUCAGGGCACCAAAUCAAGCAACUCCUCUGAGUUUCUAUAAAAAGAAUGCCAGUGUCCCACUUACUAAAUCCUCUUCAAAGGAUAACAACAGUGCAGAAGAUGAUCAAGGUUUAAACAGCAAACAAACUACAGCAGAGAAAAAGGCAAAUCUUUUGUUUGACCAGAAAUGUGAGACUUCAAUCCAUACUAAUUCAGCCUCGUCUCUCAAGUCUCCUGAGCUCCAAGGAGUCCCAUCCUUUUUCAGCUCAUCUUUGCGAGUCACUAAGUGGCCUCCUGCUAACGGAGUACAAGUUAGUUCACUUAAAGCUUCACCCGAGCUAAAUGGUGCAGCAGCAAACACAGAGUCAGAACAGGAGGAGAAACCUGAUGAUUCGGAUAUUAAUGCUGUCAGUGAAGUGGAUGUUAAUGUGCACACCAAUAUCUUUGGACCAAAGAAGAAGUUCAAACCGGUCAUCCAAAAACCAAUUCCAAAAGACACAUCACUGCACAGUGCCCUGAUGGAAGCCAUUCAAACAGGAGGGGGAAAGGAGAAACUCAGAAAGGUUUCAGACAGUGCACUAAAUGGUAAUCACAGGAAACCUUCAUAUGCCGAGCCAGAUAAUGAGCGCUCAGCCCUACUAGCAGCAAUUAGAGGCCACAGUGGCACCUCAAAGCUGAAAAAGAUCUCCUCAUUGGCCUCUGAAGAGCUGCAGAGUUUUAGGAAUGCAGAACUGUCCUUGCAGAAGGCAAAAGACCCUCAGGAAGAGCAACUCAGUAUCCCACCCGCCCCUGCCCAGCCACCACCACCACCUCCUACUCAGCUGUUAGCAGCAGCUUCUAAAUCCUCUGCCAUGGCUACAGGUAACCCUGGGGAUGCAAGGCAAGCCCUAAUGGAGGCCAUUCGCUCUGGUGCUGGAGCAGCCAAGUUAAAAAAGGUCCCUCUGCUCGUUUGA